AUGGGGUGCGGCCACUCCAAGCUGCCGCGCCGCGGCAGCUCCUCGGCCGCCGUCGCGCUCUGCCGCAACCGGUCCGCGCUGCUGGCCGAGGCCAUCGCCCGGCGCUACGCGCUCGCGGACGCCCACCGCGCGUACGCGGUCUCGCUGAGCGCCACCGGCGCGGCGCUGCACGACUUCCUCCGCGCCGUCCAGGACGCCACCCCGCCGCAAGCCGGGCCCGGUGCCGGCGACUCGCCGCCGAACGGGGACGAUGCCGACGCGGUCGUCCCUCCCGCCGCAACGGCAUCGCCGCCGGCCCCGGCGUCGCCUGACGCCUCAGAUGAGGAGCAGGACGAGGACGUUGAUGACGGUGGCGACAUGCUUUCGCCCUCGCCCGAGGACGAGGACGAAGCCUCUGAUGAUGGCGACGGGAUUACCAAUUCCCCGUCCGACGAUGAGGCCGGCGCCGAGCCGCCGCCUCUCCCCAGGCCCGUCUCGCCGGCGCCCCAGCCGCUGCAGAUGGCCCCGCCGUACGAUCCUGGCUAUCCCCCAGAGUUGGGUUCUGUCCAUCCUCCGCCGCCUUACAGCUAUGGUCCCGUCCCCGGCCCGGCAUAUGGAUACGGUGGGGGCUACGGCGGCGCCGACAUGGGUGGCUACGGCCAGAGUUUCUACAACUACAACAUCAGCUACCAGAGCCAGCCCCCGCCGCCGUCUGUGGCCAUCGAGCAGCACCCCCAAGCUACCGAUGCCACCGUCCAGUACUACCGCUACCAGGGUGAGGCCACCGCGAGCUCCGACGCCCACUAUAGCGGAUCGCCGCUGCCUACGCCGUCGCCGCCGCGGGUGUCGGCCUGGGAUUUCCUGGAUCCGUUCCAAGCAGUCGAAAGCUACCACCAAGAUCACCCGGCACCGGCGGCUGCCCCGGCGAUCCAUGCUCCUAGCCUGAGCUCGGAUGACAUCGAGGAGGACGAGGACAUUCCCGAGCUGGAGGACGAGGAAUCGGGAGUGGUCGUCAGGGAGGCUCACGCCGGGGAGGAGUGCACCUGCGUGAACAGUGUUAGUGAAGAGAUCAUGCACGAGACCAGUUCCAGUGAUGAUGAGCUAGACAGCAAGUCCGAUGGCAAUAGCAGCUGCGAGGAGGAGCCUGAGGGGCAUAUCGAGUUCAGAUCAUCGGAUGCCAUUAGCAGCAGCAUUGUCGAUGGAGUGGAGAGUGUGGUGGAAGAACAGCUGAAUGAUCCAGGCGUCGCUGAGCCGCCUGCUGCUGUGCCAGAGAGGAUGUACAACAGUGAUGUCGAGGUGGUACAGGAGAUCAAGUUGCAGUUUGACAAUGCCUCAAAGUCAGCUGGUGAUGUCAGCAAGAUGCUUGAGGUUGACAAGAUGCCUUACAACCAGAAGAAGAACUCAGGAUUAAAAGUGCCCUCAAUGAUGAUUUGCGGACAACCUUUGAAGGGCAAGGCGAUUAUGCAGUUUGAGGAGGAAAAGGCUAUGGAAUGUGGCAACCUUUCAUCUUCAUUGCAGAAGCUCUACAUAUGGGAAAAGAAGCUUCUUAAGGAAGUCAAGGCUGCGGAGAAGAUAAGGAUCCUUUAUGAAAAGAAGCAUAAAGAGCAAAAAAAAUUGUAUUACGGUGGUGCAGAGGCUCAUAAGCUUGAGGCCAUUGAAAUUGAUGUGAAGAAGCUAGCAACAAAGUUAAAUAUUGCCAUUCACAUUGCCAAUGCUACUUCCAAAAACAUCAACAAGCUGAGGGAUGAUGAGCUUUGGUUUCAAACAAAUGAGUUGAUAAGAGGGUUUAUGCAAAUGUGGCAUACAAUGUCACAUUGCCACCAGAUGCAAUGGCUUGCCUUGUCUCAUGCUAAGAGCAUGGACUCAAACAUGGCAGCUCCAAGAUUAAGUGGAUAUCAUAUUGAUCUACUCAAGCAGCUGGAGCUCCAAUUGCUGGAUCUGAUUACAAACUUUGCUCAUUGGUUAAAUGCUCAGAAGAACUAUGCAACCUAUUUGAACGAAUGGCUCAAGAAGGGAAUCGAGUAUGAGCCUGAAGUGACAGAUGAUGGGGUGCCUCCGUUUUCACCUGGACACUUAGGAGCGCCCCCAGUUUUUACAAUUUACAACAAUUGGGCAGUCAGCAUGGAAAGGAUAUCGAAGGCUGAAGUAGUAGGCGCAAUGCAUGCUUUGGCCUCCAAUGUUAUGAGCCUCUGGGAGCAUCACAGGUCAAUGGACGUGGAUGACAAGGUGAUGCGCAAGCAUCACAGGUCAAUGGACAUGGAUGACCAGGUGAUGCGCAAGGCGGUCAAGAAGCUGAUGCUCCUUUCCAACCAGCAGAGAGGCAUUUCUUCAUCUGCACAGGCUGAUGCAGCUGGUCUACAGUCGUGCAUGAAUAGAGUUUUUGAAGCAAUGGAGAGCUUUGCUACAGACUGUGAGAAUGCCUACAAGGAUCUGAAUCGUCGCGUUGAAGAAAAGAGAGCUCCAGCUGCAGACUUCGCAACGGGUGCAGAGGGAAACUAG